CGGGGUGCGAUUCCAGCAUCACGAAGGCACAUUAGCCAUUUAUGUCGAGAGAGCAACAGUGAAUAGUCGUCGUAUUCUGUCCCUCAUCUUCAUGUCUUAAUUUGCUCUACUACCAGCACUCAUCACUACUGUCAUAGCGCGAGAAAUGGCCCCAAGCAACGAUGCCCACCACCUGGGACCGCCCAAGCCAGCAGGCCGGGUCCUCCUAAUCACCUACCCCCGCACGGCCUCCAACCUGCUCGUCAAGAUGAUCUCCCUGUCCGACCAGCGCAAUGUUGUCUCCAACGAGCGGGGCGGCUACUUCUUCUGGGACGCCUUCAUGAACGCGCGCGACACGGUCUGCAGCCGCCGGCCCGGCGAGCAGUGGGACCCCUCCGAGACCGCGAACCUGCGGCACGCCUUCCAGCAGAACCUCGACCACAUCGAAGCCACCUCGCAGGCCGCCCUCACCCAGGGCAAGGUCUUCUUCGCCAAGGAGCACACCCUCUGGCUGGCCGAACCGGCCGCGAUGACCCAGUACCUGGCCACGGGUGGCCGCAGCCAUCAGCCCUCGACGCGCCUGGGCGUGCAGGUGCCCAAAUCAUACCUCAAGGCCAGAGCCACCACCACCCCCAGCAGCAGCAACAGCAGCAACAGCGCAGCAUUCUCCCCGGAGAACUUCACCAUCCUCCCAGACGCCUACCUAGCCACGUGGCGCCCGACCUUCCUCAUCCGCCACCCGGCCCUGGUGUUCCCUUCCUUCUACCGCGCGCUGCAAGGACUGGAGGAGGAGAGCUUCUGCGAGCCGCGCAUGAUCGAGCCGUUCCUGGAGCUGCACGCCACGCUGCGGUGGACGAGGUUGUUGUACGACUGGUAUUGUGAUCGCGGAGACGCCCGGCCUCCGCCGCUGCUGCUCGACGCGCAGGAUGUCAUCCAUCACCCGGAGGUGGUCACUAAGUACUGCGAACGCAUCGGCAUGGACCCGGAGAAGGUCCGGCUCACCUGGCAUCAGGCGGAGAGGCGGUCGGGGGAGCAAGAGGACCCCCGCGCCCGGGCCGAGGCGGUCAUGCUCGCGACGCUGGAUCGGUCGACCUCCUUGCUCAAGGAUCGGACCCCCGCCUUUGUGGAUGUCGGGGCUGAGAGGGUGAAGUGGGACGACGAGUUUGGGAGUCGGGUGGCGCAGCAGAUGGGGAGGUGGGUUGACGAUGCUAUGCCGGAUUAUGAGUAUCUGUGGCGGAGGAGGUUGCGGGUGGAUUGA